AUGAACCUACGGGACGGUGCAGGAAACCAAAGCGCUCUUACAGAGAACCAGAUCAAGACGCUGUCCAUCGUAUACGCGACUACACUAUCACUAAGUUUGGUUGGGAGUUCUUCCGUUGUGGUGGUCUCCAUCAUCAAGAGGAGAUAUCUCAAUGAACAGGCCCAGCUGCUGUUCCAGCUCGCCCUGGCAGAUUUCCUGGCUGCAGCGGUACUGCUUUGUGUGAGUGCCAUGAGUUUAGCAGAGCCACAGCAGCAUCCUGACAGGUUUAAACUCUGCACCUAUGGACUCCCUCUGACCCUGACUUUUUACUGCGUCUCCUUUGUGCUGGUGACGGUUUAUGCUUACCGGUCGAAGCAGGCGGUGGAAGGCUGGAGGGAAAGCUCUGACACUGCAGACGCAGGGCAGGUGAUUUACUGCCAGGUGGGCAGGUGGCACAGGGAGUAUACGCAGCGGCACCAGCGCAUGGCGGAGGGGGGCGGCGCUGGCAGGAGGCGUCUGUGGGGGCUCGGCUCCACUCCUCGCUCCCUGGUGCUGGUCCUCAUCGUCUGCUGGACCCCGGCCUGCAUUCUGGUUGGCCUGUCCUGUGUGGGACAAAUCUCUCAGGACCGACUGUUUUUCCUUUACGUAAUACAAGCUUUGAUGGUGUCGCUGCAGGGCCUCCUGUACAGCGCUGUGUACGGCCGGCUGCAGAGGAACUUCAGAGAGGCCGCUCUGAGAGAGAGGCUCCCCCUGCUGGCCGCAAGCCCCAGGCCUUUCUAUGAUGAGUCCCUCCUCGGGCCCCCUUGA